AUGGGCUUCGAGGAGCUGCUGGAGCAGGUGGGUGGCUUUGGGCCCUUCCAGCUACGGAAUUUGGCCCUGCUGGCCUUGCCCCGCAUUCUGCUACCCCUGCACUUCUUGCUGCCCGUCUUCCUGGCUGCUGUGCCUGCCCAUCGCUGUGCCCUACCUGGGGCUCCUACCAACCUCAGCCACCAGGAUGCAUGGCUCGAGACCUACGUGCCCCGGGAGCCUGAUGGCACAUUUAGCUCCUGCCUCCGCUUCGCCCAUCCCCAGGCUCCCCAGAACAUUACGCUGGGGAGAGAGGGACCCAGCCCUGGCGAGUUGGGGGGCACACCCUCCACCGUGCCCUGCUCGCAGGGCUGGGAAUAUGACCGCUCUGAGUUCUCCUCCACUAUUACUACUGAGUGGGACCUCGUGUGUGAGCAGAAGGAUCUGAGCAGAGCUGUGUCCACCUUUUUCUUUGUUGGUGUGCUGACAGGGGCUGUGGUCUUUGGAUACUUGGCUGACAGGUUUGGGCGUCGUCGUCUACUGCUGGUGGCCUAUGUGAGUUCCCUGGUGCUGGGCCUGGUGUCCGCUGCCUCGGUCAGCUAUGUCAUGUUCGCCAUCACUCGCACCCUCACUGGUUCAGCCCUGGCUGGCUUCACGAUCAUUGUGAUGCCCCUGGAGCUGGAGUGGCUCGACGUGGAGCACCGCAUCGUGGCAGGUGUCCUGAGUAGUACCUUCUGGACGGGGGGCGUGAUGCUGCUGGCGCUGGUUGGCUACCUCAUCCGGGACUGGCGGUGGCUCUUGCUGGCCGUCACCCUGCCUUUGGCUCCAGGCAUCCUCAGCCUCUGGUGGGUGCCGGAGUCUGCACGCUGGCUUCUGACCCAGGGCCGAGUGGAUGAGGCCCAAAUGUACUUGCUCCGCUGUGCCAGGCUCAACAGGCGGCUGGUGCGUGAGGACAGUCUGAGUCGAGAGGCACUGAGUGAGGUGGCUGCUGGGGAACAGGUGGUCCGAAGACCUUCGUACCUUGACCUGUUCCGUACGCCCAGACUCCGAUACAUCUCCCUGUGCUGCAUGGUGGUGUGGUUUGGUGUGAACUUCUCCUAUUACGGCCAGAGUCUGGCUGUGGCGGGUCUGGGGCUGAACCUGUACCAGACACAGCUGCUGUUCGGGGCGGUGGAGCUGCCCUCCAAGCUACUUGUCUACGUGUCGGUGCGCCACACCGGACGCCGCCUCACGCAGGCGGGGACGCUGCUGGGCGCGGCCCUGGCCUUGGGCAUCAGACUGCUGGUGGCCUCCGAGGGAAGCUCCUGGAGCACUGCCCUAGCGGUGUUGGGAAAGGGAUUUUCUGAAGCUGCCUUUACUACCGCCUACCUGUUCACUUCCGAGUUGUACCCUACCGUGCUCAGGCAGACAGGGAUGGGGUUCACGGCACUGGUGGGCCGGCUGGGGGGCUCUUUGGCCCCACUCGCAGCCUUGCUGGACGGCGUGUGGCUGUCACUGCCCAAGCUUGCUUACGGAGGGGUAGCCCUACUGGCUGCCUGUACUGCCCUCCUGCUGCCAGAGACCAGGCGGGCCCAGCUGCCAGAGACCAUCCAGGAUGUGGAGAGUAAGAGGGUCCUGUCCCGUCUUGAGGAUGAAGAGAUGGUCAUGAAGCAGGUGCAGAACUGA